AUGCAAUCCCUGGCACGACGCUGUUCUUCCCAGCUCUCUUCCAAUGCCCGCCUAUUCUCGACGUCGUCUGUGGCGUUGCAGGCAACACCUCUGCAGAAGCCUGUGAUGAACAAGGAGUUCAAGAUAUACAGGUGGAACCCAGACGAACCCAGCAAGAAGCCCAUGCUGCAGUCGUACACUAUCGACCUGAACCAGACGGGUCCCAUGGUGCUGGAUGCACUGAUCAAGAUCAAGAACGAGAUUGACCCGACUUUGACGUUCAGAAGGUCGUGCAGGGAGGGUAUAUGCGGGUCCUGUGCGAUGAACAUCAAUGGGCAGAAUACGCUUGCGUGCUUGUGCAGGAUUGACAGAAACACCUCGAAGGACAGCAAGAUUUACCCAUUGCCGCAUAUGUACAUCGUCAAGGACCUGGUUCCGGACUUGACGUACUUCUACAAGCAAUACAAGUCUAUUCAGCCAUAUCUCCAGAACGACAAUCCCCCAGAGAAAGGCGAGUUCCUCCAGUCGCAGGAGGAUAGGAAAAAGCUGGAUGGUCUUUACGAGUGUAUUCUGUGCGCGUGCUGCUCGACGUCGUGCCCGUCCUACUGGUGGAACCAGGACGAGUAUCUGGGACCUGCGACGUUGAUGCAGGCGUAUAGGUGGAUUGCCGAUUCUCGGGACUCGUACGGUGAAGCAAGGAAGGAGAAGCUGCAAAAUGAGAUGAGCAUGUAUAGGUGCCAUACGAUCUUCAACUGCUCGCGGACGUGUCCCAAGGGACUGAACCCUGGCGCUGCGAUUGCAAAGAUCAAGUUGGAGCUGGCGACGGAGUAG